AUGUUCGCCCAGCCAUUUCACGAUCCCGCUCGGAAGAGGCUCCGUGAGGAGGACCCCGACGCCGCUGUUGGAUCUUGCGGCUUCAGUGAACACCGCGCCGGCCUCGCACUUUUCGCCCUGGUCGUCAUCCCCAACCCUGGGCAUGAACUCACCAGGCGUGGACCGCGAGAUGGACAUGGCCAUGGACACAGCCAUGUCGCCUCUGAACAAUCUCCAGCAUCUUACAGCCGAAUCCUCUCCCAGACUGAUGCCUCCCGGCCGCUUGCCAACACCCAUGCAGUCGAGCUUGCCCCACAGCUGCGCGGCGCCACCGGAUGGAGUGGACCGGGCCCUGUGAUUAUGCAACAGAACGGCCUAUCCAACAUGGGCCACGUUCACAGCACUGCUUUCCAGGACCGCACAGUGCCAAGGACCAUGCAGACGGGUGAUGGCUGGCACUCGGACGUCCAGCGCCGCAUACCAUCACCCAUCUCGGAGGUUGACUCAAGCACUGCGAGCCCGGGUAUGUGUCUCGAGAGUGGCGCCAGCAGUGGCUUCCCUUCGCAGUUGACGGCGAGGCUCGAGCAAUCCACAUUGUCUCCUCGAGGAGAGGACAUGGGCAUGAUGGACGUCUCACCCUCUUUCUCCACACAUGCGGAGGCGGCUGCCGAAUAUGAGCACAUGCAUGAGCAUGAGCAUGAGCAUGAGCAUGAGGAGGGCGAGGAUGGCAUGGCCCCCCUGACGGAGACGAUCUCGGCCCCAGCCACGCCUUCGCCAGGACGCAGCCGGGGACACAUGCGAUCGCACCACACAAUCAACACGUGGACGUGGCAACCGGGCAUGAAGAAGAGCUUCAGCAUCGGCUAUCGAGCCGACUGCGAGAAGUGCCGCCUCAAGGUGCCUGGUCACUUCAACCACAUAAUCGUAUCCUAG